GCCCUCCAGCUACCAGGUCACCUGGCUCUGGGUACCUCCUAGUCUUGGCAUGGCGCUGCCCUGGGCCUUGGCAGUCCUGAGCCUCCUUCCACUAUUGAAUGCCCAGAGCUCGUCGUGUGUCAAUGUCCCGGUGCCUAUCACCAAUGCCUCCAUGGACCAGAUCUCUGGCAAGUGGUUUUUUGUCGCCUGGGCUUACCGCAACCCCGAGUAUAAGCAGUGGGCUAGUUCGUACCAGUCGGCCUUCUUUUACAUUGACUCCAACCACACGGAGGACACGGUACUGAUCAGAGAGUACUCGACAAUUAAUGACCAGUGCCUCUAUAACUCUACCCACCUGAACAUCCAGAAGGAAAAUGGGACCCUGUCCAGAUACUAUAUGGGCAGAGAACAUUUUGCCUACCUGAUAUUAACCAAGGACCCCAGCAUCUUCAUGUUUGCUUUUUACCCAGAAGACAAAGAGAACAUAAGCCUCAGCUUCUUCGCUAACAAGACGGAGGUGACUCAGGAGCAAAGGAGACAGUUCCAUGAACAUGUCAUAUGCAUGGGCAUGGACAAGUCGGAAAUCGUGUACGUGGAUGAGAAACAGGAUCAGUGUGGGCCGCUAGAUAAACAACACGAGGAGGAAAGGAAGAAGGAAAAAGAUCCCAAAGGUCCAAAGGAAGGAGGAAAAUGAGGGGUCCUCAGAAGACAUAGCAUUGCGUUAGGAGCUCGGGAGCUUUUGGGAUCUAUCCUCAGCCCCCCACCCACCUUUUGUACCUCAGUUGCAUCAAUAAAGCUGCUUCAUUUGGAACAGG